CCCUCAGUCCUUCCCCUUCUUUCCUUCCUUUUCUUCCUUCCUUCACGACAGGAACGGAGGCACCGAUCUAUGUGUCACAUGAUUUGGAAUCGGUCGAGAAGCCGCAAUGUUACUUAUGAACUCACAUUGGGAAACCACGCUCGUGUUGCCGUUCUCGGUAUGCAGUGCCGUGCAGUGCAGUGCAGAGGCCCUUCCAGUGAUGUCUGACAGUGACGCUGAGCGCGCGCGCCGCGGAACUCGCAGGCUGCAUUAACAGACCUCUCCGCAGGGUUGAGUCUCGACAAUCAACUGCCCACGCAUGGCCAGCCACUUUGUUGUCUGCUAGCAUCACGAACCCCUCUGUAUGAGCCAUGAACUGGACCGAAGGAGCUUUGGCUCGUCAUUUACGGGGCAAAGGCUUGAAGCCGGAGCUCGCCAAGCAGAAGCAGUACUUUGCAAAGACUCGACCAGGACCUAGGGGUGCCUUGAAGCCCACCGUCGCCUCCAUUCCCUUUCUCUCCAGGCCAUCCAGCUUGCCCAAGGCGCUUCCCGAGAAACAGUCUCCAGGGGCUUUGAUGCAAAGCUCGCCGUAUUUUCAGCGCCGGCAGAGCCAGUAUGGCGAAGCCCAGGAGCGUCAUUCCGGACAUUCGCUCCAUCAGCGCCUGCACGAUGAUGGGUUGUCCACGGUGGACCGCGACUUUCCAAAGUCUCACAUGUCGAAUGGCAAAAGAAGACAUGCCACGGGCAGAGAGGAAACUUUGGACACCAAGAGACGCCGUUUGCUACAGAAGGGCGACUGGGCCGGCAUCAACGUCCAAAAACCAAUGCCUCUCCAGUUCUCGGCCCGUGGUAACUCGGCUGGGGGUCAGAUCUGGGGCUAUCGCAACAAACACAGAACUGGACAACCUGCCCCUUUCUUCGAGAAGUUGAAGCACAGCAGAAAAACUCCACUGAGAGGGCAUGGUACUAGUCACAGCAGCACCCAGGGCGGAGACAGAGUUGUUAGGAUCAGGAUCGGCAGCGAAGAUGUUCGAUUCGGCGGCGGAAGCCAGGCCUCUACCAGGAAUUCGCACCAAAAUUCUCUUCAAACCAUCACCCAGUCAAACGGCUUGCAGCAGUCAAUCUAUUUCAUGGGAUCCUCAGCUCCACAUCACCACGUCUUUUCGGGUUCUAUCGAGGAUAGGGAACGGACAAGUCAGACGAAGAAAUCUGCGUGGCAGAUUCGCCGUGAGAGAGAUGGCGCAACCUACGACGAUAUUGCAAGACGUGCCUCACCAUCUAUGUCACAUGGUCAGCCGGGCAGGCUUGAGAAUGACCAGCGAGCUGGCCAACCACUAGUUGUCGAAUCUUCUCCGGUUGUCGUUCAUCAGCCGGUUCCCCAACGACUCAGUCAGCUAGUCUUGUCAACCAGGCGAGGAACGCCAAAAUCAGAUGCAUUUGGAAGCACCGUCGCCGAAGUCGGCUACAAUCCCUUGCCCGCCGUGGUCCCCUCAGAAUUGAGUGAGAAUAAACGAUGGCACGACGUGCUGGCUUCUUCCGGGCAUCGAGAAGAAACUCCCACAGACCUAGGCUACAACAGAGCAGUCGCAACUGACAAUAUCAGUCCCGGAGCCAGCAAUUUCCCUGGUCCCAGCAGCCCAUCAGCUCACCAGCCAAGUUCUGGGUUCUCUACUAUUCGAACGUCUUUGAAUGUCCAAACAAAAACGCCCAGCAGUUCUGAGGUGGCGCAUGCAGGCACAUGGGCGAACAAUCACGAGCCUUAUAAAGAACUUGGUGACGGCGGAAGUCUGCCAAGACACACACAUGUGGCGUUGCGGUUCUCCUCGCCACUUUCACUGAUCAACACGUCUCCGUCAUCGGACAACUUAGCCGUGAAUGACCUUGAACGCGGUAUUGGCACCAGUCAGGGAAAGACACACACGACUGAGGAAGCUUUCUUACGGAACUUGUGCGACAAUGCAAUGCAACGCCCUUCGUUAUUGACACGCUCAGACAACAAAGAAGCACACGUUUUCGGCCAGGAAGAUCGAGAGGCACACCCUAACGAUGAUGUGAAAGAGGCCAGUGCCCUCGGCUUCGUGGUUAAAACUUCGGAAAUACAAACAGACCGAAAUACAUCAGAUCCAGAACCAGCAGCGGCAUGUGUGGAUGCAGACUGGAUGAACUUCAUAUUUGGCGAACGCGAUGAGGAAGCCCAAGAUACAGUGUUUCGAGAGGCGAGACAGGAGGCAGCUCAGGAUCUGCGUCCAUCAAGCAGCUCCUCUAGCAGCCAGUGCCCAAAUCUUUGGCCGCCCAGUCUUGAUCACGACACUGAAACCGUGACCACCUGCGGAACGUUCGAUCGCGAAAACGACAAGGACAUUAUUCGACCUUCAUCGAGGCGUUCCUUUGUAUUUGAUCUCGAUCCUCCAGAUGAGAAUAUCUAUGAGGACCUCACAAGCUCUCUUCCAGAGAAACAGACUGUCGAUAUUACCCAUACAAAUAUUACAGAGUCGGCCAUAGCUGAUAUCCAUGGCUUAAUGGUUCCAGGGACGACGGAUUCGAAUUAUACCACUGCUGAUAUAGAUUCAGCCUCAGCGAUGGACUCGAUGUCAACAGUGGCACAACCUCCUGAGUCGGAAGUGGGUGAGACGCCCGGUCAAUAUUUUCGCUUCGCGAGACCAAAGACGUUCGUCGGCCGGCUAGCUAGUUCUUCAGUGCAUGACGCCGGCCCGAUCUUACCACUCAGUAUCCACACCGAACCCAGGAAAAGGGGCAGACCGAAGAGAAGAUCGAGAAAGAAGGCGAAGGACGGACGAGCUAAUAUCCGAGGGUUGCCAGACCAUGACGGUGACCCAAUUGAGGGGGGCUCAGAUGAGUAAGGAUUCGAAGUCUGCCAUACUUUGGGACAAUAUGUAUUCGAAUCAAAGUGUGGGCGGAUAUUGGCACGGGGGCUGUUCUAACGUCCUUUGACAUUGGGCGGGAUAUCGACCGUUAUUGGGACCUGGCCCUAUCUAUUCGAGAACGGAUAUAACAUUUACAAUGCGAAAGAGAAGUCCCCAAAAAGCAGUGCUCCAAAAACCCGUUUCCCCCUUUUCCCAAAUCAGUCCAACAAAUUUCGUUUGCGAUGCGCCAUCCAGGCCAGGACCCAGCACAGCUAUAGGUCUGCCCUGGAGGUGAUCAGUCUCAUCUGUAUCGUGUGAAGGACCAUUUGCCCCUCUUGCCCCAAAAAGAAGAGAAAACACAAGUCGUAUUCUUUUUUUUUGGGUCGUAUUUUUUUCCUGGCGUCAAUCUUUUUUUGGUGUAUUUGUUCGAUUGAUAUACCAUGUCUUUUGCAACGAGACAACACAGUUCAGCGAGGCAGACUACUCGGAGCCCGAAUUUCUUCAGGGCUUUCUUUUCAUCUGCUUCU